AUGGGUAAUUGGGGGGAUUUUAAUGCUGUUAAAUCUAAAUUGGAGAGGAAGGGGAAGGGUAGGCUAAACUUCAUGGAAAUGAAGGACUUUUCUUCAUUUAUAGAUGCAAUAGAUCUUGUAGACAUGCCUAUUGUGGGGAAUAGGUUCACCUGGUUCAAUUCAAGUGGGACGUGUAAGAGUAGGCUCGAAAGAAUUCUUUUGUCAGAAAAGUUAGUGAGAAAGUGGAAAGUUGUGGCUCAAAAGAUGGGGGAUAAAGAUGUUUUAGAUCAUAGGCUGGUGUGGCUCCUCUCAAAUUCAAUGGAUUGGGGGCCAAAACCGUUCAAGACCUUUCACGCUUGGUUUGAUCACUCGGAUUUCAUCAAAUUGUUUAAGGAAUCUUGGCAAUCCAUUCAUGUGUAUGGCAAUGCUAGUAAUAUUUUGGUUCUCAAAUUGAAGGGUCUUAAGCACAAACUUUGGUGGUGGAAUAAGCACGUGUUUUAUUGGCUUGAUUUGAAGAUUAUAUAUGGUGUGGAUAAUUUAAAUAGUAUUGAGAGGGACAUGGAAGAUUGCAAUGAAGACAUUCCUGAGGAAGUUCUAAGGAGGAGAUAUUAG